AUGUAUCGGUUGCCUUCAGGCAAAAAGUGUAGAAACGUGCAGAGAUUUUUUUUUCUUGCUAGCUUUUUUGCUUCUUCCCCGACUUCUUUUGUUUUUUCUUUCAUGCUUCCCUUUGCCAUUCCUUAUCCGCCUGAACAGGCCAAUGGGUUUUGGGGCGUCCCCACUUCAACUAUCGACUGGUGCGAAGAAAACUAUGUGGUUUCCCCAUACAUUGCUGAGCUGUUAAACACCGUCACCAAUGCGGGAUUUAUAGCAUUGGCGUCUUUUGCCAUCUACAACGCCCACAAAAACAAGGUGGAGUUCCGCUUUGUGCUUCUGGCGUUUGGCUUUUUGCUUGUGGGAAUCGGCUCCUGGUGGUUCCACAUGACUCUCCGGUACGAGUACCAGCUUUUGGACGAGCUCCCGAUGAUUUACGCCACGUGUAUUCCCUUCUGGAGCGUCUUCUCUGAGUUCAGGUCUACUCGGAGCUCCUGGGCUGUUGGUGUGGGCAUUUUCACCGCAGCCAAUAUUCUCACGGCCGUGUAUUUGCACUUUAAAGACCCAACUAUCCACCAGGCAGGAUAUGCUUUGCUCAAUGUGGGGAUCAUCAUUGAAAGCAUCCGGUUGACUCAGAAACACAUCCACGAUGCGGCUGAGGCCCGCAAGAUGAACCGCACCAUGAUUUUUGGCGUGUCUAUCUUCUUGCUUGGUUACUUUUUGUGGAACUUGGAUAUCCACCUUUGCGAACUGGCCAGAUCCAAGCGCAGAGAGUGGGGAAUGCCUUAUGGCUUUGUUUUGGAGGGUCACGGCUGGUGGCAUUUGUUCACCGGUAUCGGUGUCUACUUCUACUUGGUGUAUGUAGAGUACUUGCACUGCUGGUUGGCUGGCACUAACAGCUUCUAUCUGUUAGACUACAAAUUCGGCUUGCCCUUGAUAUCUUUGCAAGAUCCCGAAGGCUUGGCUGCGCACAGAAAGGCUCUUUCCACGAAAAAGCUCGAAUAA